UCCUGUCUCGAGUCUCGAGCCUCGAGGCCCUCGAGCUCGAGACUCGAGCAUUCUGAGUUUGAUUGCCGGUACGUGGUGAUCGGUACUAGUGAUUCGGUACAACCAGAUGCAACGCGUCACUGUCAGUCGAGCUUCAUCCGCUUACUGCGACGGUUGACAAGCGGUAGUUUAGUGUAUACGAAGAAAUUAAAAGUCUCGGUGAUCGCUCGAGACAUUACAGCACGUAUCGCCGCCGUGUCCGUCCGUCUGCUUGUUCGCUCGCUCGCUCGCUCGCUUAUCGGCCUCGUCAAUCGUACAAACGUCGUAAAUAUCGUCGUAGACAAACGCGUCGACGACGGUGAGAGGAAAGAAGAAGUGAUAAUACGAUGGCCAAUUUACGACAAACACCGCUAACAUGUAGCGGACACACGAGGCCCGUGGUUCAUCUCGCCUUCUCUGAUGUCACCGAGUCCGGAUAUUAUCUUAUUUCGGCAUGCAAAGAUGGCAGUCCUAUGUUGCGACAAGGUGAUACUGGGGAUUGGAUCGGUACAUUUGUAGGACAUAAAGGGGCAGUGUGGGGUGUAGCGCUAAAUCCACAGGCUACUCGAGCUGCAACUGGUGCAGCUGAUUUCAAUGCUAAAGUUUGGGAUGCAAUUAAGGGAGAAGAAAUCCAUUCUUUUCAACACAAACAUAUUGUUAAAUCGGUCAACUUUAGUACAGACUCCAAUCAUUUAUGUACUGGCUCUUAUGAAAAGCUCAUACGCAUUUAUGAUCUUAAUAAACCAGAAGCAACUCCACAAAUAUUUUCAGGUCAUACAAGUGGUAUUAGGCAUGUCACUUUCUUCGAUAAUAACUCUGCCUUAAUUACUUGUGCAGAUGAUAAGACAUUAAGAGUAUGGGACAGAAAUAGUGGGCAAGAAAUUAAGAGAUUAGAUUUUCCUGCAAUUCCAAGUUCUAUGGAGGUAUCUAAGGAUGGUAGCAUCAUUACUACAACUCACUCUAAUAUUGUUACCUUUUGGAAUAGUAAAGAAUUAACUAAGAUAAAGGAAUUUACGGUUCCGACUCAAGUUAAUAGUGCCAGCUUACAUCCGGAUUGUAAUAUGUUUGUUUGUGGUGGGGAAGACUUUAAAAUGUACAAGUUUGACUAUAAUACAGGUGCAGAACUAGAGUCAUUUAAGGGACACUUUGGACCUGUACAUUGUGUACGCUUUUCACCGGAUGGUGAAUUGUAUGCCAGUGGAUCUGAGGACGGUACCUUGAGAUUAUGGCAGACGAUAGUUGGCAAAACCUAUGGACUUUGGCGUUGCGUAGAGCAAACGCCUGCGAUACAAGAAAACACCGUCAUGGUCAAUAAUAAACAAGAAGUUCCUGCCAAUUAAACUGAAACCUUAAAGAAACAAGAAAAUCUCCAGACAUUUUUCAAAAGUCCAUAAAGAGACCAAUUGGACCAAAACUUGACAGAGUGGAUGGAUUUCCUGCAAAUGAAACUGUCAAAUAUAUUUUUUUUUUGUUUAUGGGUCAUUGGUGUGCCCCACGAAUUCCCUGUACAUAACGCAUUUUUUUAGAAAGUCGUCAGCCUUCACUGAAUUUGCGUUUUAUUUCAGACUAAAAGUAAGUCUAAAAAAAGUAAACUUUAAGAUCCGUGAAGGCACAUGCGUGCACGAUAUUUAUAUCACGUUAUUUAUAUUACAAGGAAAAUGACGAAAAAAAAGAAAUAAUAACAUUUAUUAACAUUAUACAUUUCACAUUAUUAUAAUACAAAAUUAGAGAUGUAACGAGAGAAAGAAAAACAAGCUCAAAACGAACA